CUUACCUCUCGGUCUUCUCCCACUCUCCUCCCGUCGUCUCCAAUGGAACCGGCGGCGGCGGCUGCACGCGCUCCGCUCACCGCCUCCCCUACCCCUCCGACGCCGUACGUCCCUCGCCUCCUCCCCAGCUGCCGGACCGUCUCUCGCCUCCCUCGACCAAACCUAGGGUUCGCCGCGGCGCCACAUCCCCUCCUGAAAUCCGCCACCGGCGCCGUCGUUGGCCCGACCGGCGCCACCCACCCAUACACCUCCCUGCCGCCUCGUCCCACCUCCACCGCCACUUUUCCUGUCUGCAUCUUCUCCUCCGGCCAGACCCUCCUCUUUUGCGCAUCUUGCAACUCCUGCCGCUGGUCUUCCCCACGGGCGGCGUUGCCUCCCCCCUCCCCCCGCACUCUCCAAUUAGACUGGAGGGCUUCGCAUAUUCUCAUGGUGUUUUCUCAAGUGUAAUUCGAACGGCUCUAUGUCUCUUAUGAGCCUGGACUUUUCCCUGGCCUGAUCUAAUGACAGAGCAACGGAAGAUGGUUCUUCUGAUUUUUGUUUCACGCAAGAUUGUUUUGACUGGGGCAAAGGUGAGAGAAGAGAGAUACACUGCGUUUGAGAACAUAUAUUCUGUAGACUGUACUCACGGAGUUAAAAAUGUCCAGCAAUAGUAUGUAACAUAAGCUUAGAACUGCAUGGAUGGAGAGGGGGAGAAGGUAGGCAACAUCCUUCCACACGUGAUUAUUAUUUCUGCAACUAUGGCCAUAAAUAGAUUGAGUUUUAGUUUUCUGAUCUGUUUUCUGAAUCAAUAUGUUUGUUUAGUGUUUAGACAACACAUGUUGAAACUCUUGCACAUCUGAAACUCUGGUGGUGUCCCAUGUAUAUGAAGGAUGAACUCCCUCCUUACAGAGUAGAUUUGUGUAUGCACUUGUUUGGACAGAGCACUGAACCUUUGUUAACCAGAUUGACAUUGGUGAGCAUUUGUGCAAUUGUCUAGUUAAUCAGUUAUCUGAUAUGCCUUAGUUUCCAUCCUUUUUGGAUUUCUGUACUAGUAAUUUGUACCGUUGCUAGUAGUGCUCGGAGAGAGGGGAAAUAACCGCUAGUCCAGAUAAACAUGUGCUUGUUCAUAAAAAGGAUGUCAGACUUAUGUUGGAUCCAAGAGAGCAUCAUUCCUAUGCUUUUUGUAGUGUUUUGGGUGUUAUUUUGAUUGUAGGUAUUAGUUAGAAUUUUUAAUGCUCCCUCCCUCUGAUCCAUAAUAAGUGUCGCUGAUUUAGUACAACUUUGUACUAAAGUUGUUCUAAAUCAGUUAUGGAUUGGAGGGGGUAUAUGUUUUGUUCAAGGUGCCAAUCCUCCCCUAUCCCUAGCCGCCUGUUUUUUUGUCCAUGUUUUUGCGCCUCCACUUCCCAAGCAAUGCCUGGUGAUAUAGAACUGCAAUGUUCUUUUUUUGUGUAACUAAAGAAUUGGAUCCCAUUUAUUGUUGGAUGUAACUUCAAUUUUUAAAUGUUACAUUUGAGUGAGUUAGAUGUAAAUUUCAGGUUAGGAGUUACUUUACGAUUCUACUGGAUGUAGUUUCAACAUAUGUCAGUUAUUUUCAUGAGUUCGGUAGAUGUAGUUUUAAGGUUAAAAGUUACUUUCCUGAUUGUUUAGAUAUAAUUAUGAUGUUAAAAGUUACAUCUGCUUGUGAGCUUGCAGAAAAUAAAUUUUGGUAGUUGUGUGGAGUUCUCAUAGAACAAAAGAAGAGGGUCCUGAUUUUUCAGAUGUAAUUGCGACGUUAAAAGUUACAUCUACUUGUGACCUAGGAAAAAGUAAAUUUUGGUAGUUGUGUGGAGUUCUCAUAGAACAAAAGAAGAGGGAGAUCUGAUAAAGCAGAGGAGGUGCGGCGAUGGAAAUGAAGAGGUGGAUUUUUUUCGUAUCACGUGAGACCACAACAAGAGGAGAGAAAGCAUGUGUUACCUGCUAUUUGGGGACCACACAUGACAGGCAUUGAAGAUGGUCAAUUUUGCUCUUGCCAAUUGUAUGUGAUGCUAAGUGGGGAUUCAAGAGUUGUCUAACUGUUUUGGUGGAUUUCUUUUCCUCGUUUGCAGAUUUGCUAGUCUGUAUGGAGGAUAACUUGUGUACAUUCUCUCCAUGCAUUUCGUUUGUUCUAGUUGGUGUUCUUGGCCAGAAGUUGGAUAAUGGAGAGACAAAUCGGGGUCUCUUUUUUCCAUAUGGAUUGAUGACUUCAGCGGCUAAAAGGAAGGGCUCACCAUGCCUACAAGAUGACAAUUCUAGGAGUGAUAAAAAAUUGAGAUAUUCAAUGCCAAGCCUUCCAGAGGACAUCUGGCAUCAUAUACAUUCUCUGCUUCCACUACGAGAUGCUGCACGCACAGCCUGCGUGUCCCGUACAUUUCUAGGUUUUUGGAGAUGCUAUCCCAAUCUCACCAUAACUAGGGAAACGUUGGGUUUGGUCCGUUUGGAAGACGAAAAGGACGGAAUGUCAUAUGAAACAUCGUGUGAUCUUGCAACAAAAAUUGACCACAUUCUGAGAAACCACUCAGGCACUGGCGUGAAGGCACUCAAGCUUGAAAUAAAUGAUUUUCCGGUUUUCUGCACAUACGGUGAUCUCGAUCGCUGGCUUCAUAUUGCUGUUAGACCAGGGAUUGAAAAACUUGACCUUUGGCUGCGUCCGAUUCUUUCAGCUGUGUCUGUGUACAACUUUCCAUGCUCACUUUUACUUAAUGGGAGUGGGAAGUCGCUUCGGCACCUUCAUCUCAGCUCCUGUACCUUCCGUCCCACGGCUGGACUUGACUGCUUAAGAAGCCUGACUAGUCUGGAAUUGUAUGAGGUGCGUGUCACCGAGGACGACUUAAGGUGCCUUCUUUCCAGUUUAGUUGCUUUGGAGGAAUUGAGACUCGUUGAUUGCGAAGAGCUAAUUUUCCUGAAGAUACCUAGCCUGCUGCAGCGGCUCAGCAACCUGGUGGUACAUGAUUGCGAAAAUCUGGAAGUUAUAGAGAGCAAAGCCCCUAAUCUCUCCGGUUUUGAAUAUAUGGGCCCCCAAGUACAGCUAUCACUUGGAGAUUCAUUGCAAGACAUUUACAUUAACGGUUCAGGUCGGGGUUGGGACAUUGUUCAUUAUGCUUGGGCCAAGCUUCCGUGCAUGGUGCCAAAUCUUGAAGUUCUUGAGAUAUCUACAUCUUAUUUGAGUGAUACACUGGUUGUACCAGCUGGCAAAUUCCUCCACCUCCGGCACCUUUUUAUUGAUGGUUUUUGCCGGCCAGACUAUGAUCAUUUCUCUCUAGUUUCUUUUCUUGAUGCUUGUCCUUACUUGGAGACCUUCAGGUUGUUUGUAGAACACGAUUUCAUGGAGGAUGAAUUGGUCUUGGGAGAUUUUUCUCAUGAUCUAAGGCAGAUGCCAGGACAUUUGCAUAGCAACAUCAAAGAUGUGCAGAUCCUUGGCUUCUAUUCUACAAAGAGCAUCAUUGAGCUGACAUGCCACAUUCUUGAGAAUGCAACGUCGCUCGAGUCCCUUACACUGGACACUUCUUACACUGCAAUUCUGUGUUCUGACAGCAAAAACGGUAAAUGCCUCCCAAUGAAUAGGGAUAUGAUCAUGGAGGCGCAUAAAGCGCUUUUGGCUGUGAAAAGAUACAUCUUGGGGAAAGUUCCCUCUAGUGUUGAGUUAAAAGUUGUGGAGCCCUGCAGCCGGUGCAAUGAUCUUGAAAUUUUGGUUCAGGAAAGGAAGCUUGUGGAGCCGGCCCAAUCGGAGUCAGCUCAAGAAUUUCCUCUUGGCAAGAAUAAGUGACUUCUAAGCCAGCUACCUGGUUGGCUUUGUAUUUUCCUCUGGCUGCACCAUUUGUUUAUGUAUUAUGUUUAUUUUUUUGCGAGAAAGUGUUUAGUUAUGUAAUGUUACCAGAGAAAGAAUAGGUGGCUUUUUGACAACUUUUUUUUGCUUCAUCAAGUUACCACAACUGUCAGUUGUUUAGGUCUUGUGACUUUUUAUGGGUUCUUCAUUUCUUACAAAAUCUUCACCGAGCUCUGGCAUUCUGUUCUCA